CUCCUCCUCCUGCUGCUUCUUCUUCUCCUCCUUCUGUGGCCAUGGCCGGGCUUUCUUCCAGGGCUCCAUCCCCUGCUCCACUAGGGACAGGCCUCAUCCAUGGGGCUCCUCGGCGCCUCACAGCAGCCAGGCCCCGCUUGGGGCGCCCUCCUCCCCGCCCUCCAUUUUGUCUGGCUGCUGCUGUUCCUUCUUCUUCUUCUUCCUGCUUCCCUCCUGGGCCUGGCCGAGGCGGAGGAGGAGGAGGCCCGCGGCGCUGCUCCCAUGGAGAUCCCUCCGUCCCACUCGGCUGCCUCCCGGGCGGCGGGGGCUGUGGAGAGCUAUGUCAACUACCAGCACGGGAGCCCCCACCGCCUCUUCGCCCUCAGGGAAGUGCGCCAAGCCAACAGGGAGGACAUUCCAGGUGUUGGGCAUAAAUACCGCCUGAAGUUUACAAUAGAAGAAAUUCUUAAGAAAGACAGUCCUGUGAACUGCACAGCUGAGAUACUUUAUCAUCAUGGUGAUCCACAUGUUGCUCCAGAAGUGCAUUAUACUGUGGAAGGGGAGUUUGGGACCAAUACAGAGCAAGCAGAUAACAAAUUUUACAACAGGAUCAAGAAUCUCUCUGAACCACUAGAGGCACAAAAUAUUCCAGACAGUUAUGGAAAUGUGGAUGCAGAAAUGGAGCCUGUUCGGCAUUUAGCCUGGGUUGCCUGUGGGUAUGUAAUAUGGCAGAAUUCCACAGAAGAUACCUGGUACAAAAUGGCACAAAUUGAAAGUGUCAAGCAAGUGAAGAGAAAUGAUGACUAUCUUGAAUUUUCCUAUGUGGUUUUAAUCCAUGAUAUUGUUUCCCAAGAAAUUAUUCCUUGGCAUAUGCAAGUUUUAUGGAAUCCACAGCAUGGAGUGAAAGUAACACGGAACAGCCGCCAGCCAAAACGUGCAGCUCAAGAUUAGCUACACACCUUCUAUGCUACUCUUAAAGAUGUUAUUAACUGCUUCUAUAAAGCAACUGUAUUCAGACAGAACAAGGGCUACACAAUAGGCUUAGUCAGGUUCAAAAAUUCUACCAACAUUAUGCAUGCUGUAAGAACCAGAGUAAUCAUCUCCUGACCUUGAUUUGGUAAUUGUUUGCAACAGUGAAUACUUACGGUACAGUUGCCACAAUGCUCUCUCUAAAGGCUACUUUAGGCUUUCCAGUAACACAAGGACAACCAUAUUCUCUUUCCAUUCGCUGGGUUAAAAAACAAACACAAUUAGACAGAUUUAAGUAUGGUGCCAAAUAUAUUCAGCCAAGCUAAAGAAAUCAACAAAUCAAUAUUUAAUGCUCUUUACAAUCGUAUAUUAGACAGAGGCCAAAUUUUAAUUUCUGUUGAGGUUUUUCUCGGUAAUGAACUAGAAUGCCUUAUAUACACAUGCCCCCACCCUCCUUUGAAGGAGAUACUUUUGGGGACAGUAUUGUUUUUAUCCCUAUUCUGCAAUUGUAGGGGGGGGGGGAAUCUUCAACCUCAACAAAUUUUUCAUAAAUUAUGCUCACAAGGAAUUGUUAACUUUGUUCCAGUUGUAGAAGAUGAACCAUUAAUAUAUAAUUUACAGCAUUCUUAUGCAUGGAAGCAAUAAACACAGUUAGACUACCGGCUGAAUUGAAAGAAACAUUUUCAGAAAGAAAAGUGAGAUUCAACAGCAUAGUUCAUCAAUACAAUCAUAAUCAUCACCUGAGCAUAGAUUUCAAGAUGUAGUUCUCCCAUUCCUGAAACAAUUGUCUCUUUGUUCUCCGUGUCAAAAUGAACUCGGAAUGUGGGAUCUUCUCUUGUGAAGCGAUUAAUACCUUUUGAAAAUUUAUCCAAAUCAUUCUAGAGUGGAAGAGAAUCCACAAGUGUAAAUUAAUAUCUUCAAUUUUAUGACCCAAGGGGCUGACCAUCCAAUACAAUUAUUAUUAUUGUGAUAUUUAUUUAUAUUCUGCCCCUUUCCCAGCCUGUGACUCAAGAUAGGUUAUAACAAUUAAAACAAAUACAGCUAAAAAAUUCACCUCAUAUGAAAGUUUAGUAUAUAAUUAAACUAUCAAUAAAAUUAAAAAUGGUUAAAAACAGAACAGUUAAAAAGAAAGCAAAAAAUAGACACUGUGUCUCAUUAUGCAAGGCCCAUUCCCCCUGAGUAGUCAUAGAAUCAUAGAAUUAUAGAGUUGGAAGAGACCACAAGGGCCAUCCAGUCCAACCCCCUGCCAUGAACUCUCAUCUUGAAAGGCAUUCCAAAACAAAAAAGUCUAAAACUCAGCAACACAAUUUCAACAAACUCUAGAGGCUCAUGAAACAAUCUUUAACUUCUCUCUCAAAGAAAUGUUGAUAUUAGACAGGAUGUGAAUAGCAUUGAGCACACCCAUGCAUACUUUCUGCUGAAGCAAAAAACUUAUUAACAUUUGGUAGUAGAAGGGAACUUCCACAUCAAAAGACAUGGUUUAGUUAUUCCUGAACAGACUUAGUAAAUGCAGUUAAAUACACAUAUUUCAUCUGAAAUCAGAUCACCAACAAACUCUAGAAGUAAUGACAUCUACUUUUAAAAAUAAUAAUAACUUCAGACUCUUACCUUGUUGGAUGGCUUCAUUGCUACUGAAAUGACAGGAUCAGGAACAUGAAUAGAUUCCUAAACAAAAGAGAAUUAGUUUGAAAUAACUAUUUGUCAGUAUAAAACCCCUGGAAAUAUUCUUUACAAAUUUACACUCAAAUUAAUGUGUGCUCAAAAACUACGCUUGUAUAUACUUCCCAUUAAGAAAACAUUCCUAGCAGAUGACCAUCAGAUUUUCUCCUUACCUAAUGAAUUUAUUUACCUACAAAAUUCAGGCCUGUUCAAGCAAAACAAUCUUGAUAUAAUUAAUCAUGGUUUAUUAAAAGAAUACCCACAUAUCUCUUAUGCCAUUAUUCAUAAUUCAAAACUUCCAGAUUUUGUUAAACCACAGUUCUGCAUUAGAGAUUCAGAUCCUAGUUUAAUAAUUUGGUUUAUAGUCAGAGGUUUCCAGUUUAGAGGUAAUGGAAAGCUGUGGGUUUUAUAAACCACAGAAGGUUUGUAUUAUGCCAGAGGGAAAUGCAUUUAGGCAGAUGUCUAGUUGCUAGUUUGACAUUGAUUGUUAUACUUGAACUGGGCCUUUGAUCCUCUCAAAAAAUAUUUUGACCAUUUGAAGGUAUGAAUUCUCUUCACUUUGGCCAUGCUCAGGCGAUACUUUAUAUCUAGCAUCUUUAAUGACAGGGGCAUGAGAUAUAGGUAGCUGGCUUACAUGAAGUCUUUUUGACUUUUGUCACCUUGGGGCUGGGGAAUGAAAUGGCUCAGAGAAAUCCUGUGUUCAGGUAAGUGUGGGAUCUCCCUGUUUCAUUCAUUCAUGUCACUAUGUUGAUUGAGCAGAGGCCAAGAUACUUCAAGCCUACUUUGUGUCUCUGCUCUCUGUCUUGCUGCAUGCAGCCCAUCAGAAUACAAGAGGUUAAUAAUCUCCUAAAACAGGCUAUUGAAAUUCCUUCUCCCUUGAAGAAUAUUGGGAUUUCAAACAAUAUUGUAUACCUAACGAUCUGAUAAAGUCAGCCCUCCAUAGCCAUGGAUUCAAAAUUCCAAAAACCAAAUCUUGAUUUUGCCAUUUUAUAUAAAGUACAUUAUUUCAUUAUGCCAUUGUAUUUAAUGGGACUUGAGCAUCUACGGAUUUUGUUAUCCAUGGGGUUUUCUGGAACCAAUCCCCAGUGGAUACUGAGGGACCACGGUACUUAAGAACAAAACAGAAUGGUAUUCAUUGCAAUGUAAAUUCCUGACCACGCCCUUUCAUGAAACAAUACUAUAGAGUUUUCAUUCAUAUAAUCUUACAUACUAUGUUUUUAGUUUGUAAAAGUUUGUAAUAGCUGUAAAAGAAGGCUUAAAAAUAAAUACCAUUUUCCUAAAA